GGCCCGGGGCGCCGGGAAGCCGGGGACGCGCGGGGGCCGCCGAGGGGCGCGGCGUCAAGUGUGUGCUGGUCGGCGACGGCGCGGUGGGCAAGACCAGCCUGGUGGUGAGCUACACCACCAACGGCUACCCGACCGAGUACAUCCCCACCGCCUUCGACAACUUCUCGGCUGUGGUGUCAGUGGAUGGGCGGCCUGUGAGACUCCAGCUCUGUGACACUGCAGGACAGGAUGAGUUUGACAAGCUGAGGCCCCUCUGCUACACCAAUACAGAUAUCUUCCUACUGUGCUUCAGUGUGGUGAGUCCUGCAUCGUUCCAGAAUGUUUGUGAGAAGUGGGUGCCUGAGAUCCGGUGCCACUGCCCCAAAACCCCCAUCAUCCUGGUUGGGACACAGUCAGACCUCAGAGAGGAUGUCAAAGUGCUCAUUGAGCUGGACAAAUGCAGAGAGAAGCCAGUGCCUGAGGAGGCAGCAAAGCUGUGUGCCGAGGAAAUCAAAGCCGUCUCCUACAUCGAGUGCUCAGCCUUGACUCAGAAGAACCUCAAGGAGGUAUUUGAUGCUGCCAUUGUGGCUGGCAUCCAGUACUCAGACUCCCAGCAGCAGCCCAGGAAGUGUAAGAGCAGAGCCCCGGACAAAGUGAGGACCCUCUCCAAGUCCUGGUGGGGGAAGUACUGCUGCCUGGCGUGACGCUAUGGGGCUGUACAGACAGCCACCCCUCAGGUGGUGCCAAGGGGAAUGACUGUGUAUGUGUGUGUGUGUGUGUGUGUGUGUGUGUGUGUGUGAGAGAGAGAGAGAGAGAGAGAGAGAGAAAUGCACACACAGAGGAGCCCUCAGCUUGUGCAUUCCUCCAUCCCUUAAAUUUUCUUGCUUGUUGGAGCUUAGAGAUAAGAUUCUUACGCAAGGUAAGAAAGUUAAAGGAAUUUUGGAAUAAGUUAAGAAUUUUUCACAACUCUGGAAAUUUAGAGCUCUAGACCUCGGGAUUAAUUUAUAUCUAUAUGGAAAGAACACUCAGAGCGGGAUGUCAAGAAUGAAAUGUUGCCGCAUUACCAUGUACAGACAGAUGAAGCGGGGAGUUGUGGUUUUGACCCUCUGGAUUAAGGGCUGCUUGGUGCUUGGUGCACUGUGUGCACACGGCAGCCUUUGUGGGAACAGUUCAGCUUUGAAAUUCUGCACAAACUGUACCUUUUUUUUUUAAGAGCAAAAAGUCUGAGAAAACAGUGAGAGACCUCUGUCUACAAAACUUCAAACCUGUUCCUUUGUCACCAAGUAAUACUCAAUUGCUUAAGUUUUAAAACAACCAAAAAACAAAAAACAAAAAAACAGAAACAACCCAUCCCAUCUCACUGACUCCUGGCACUGCGUAGACCAAAAA